AUGGCUUACACAAAUGAAAAAGACCGCCAGCUGUUCUAUCUCUCUUCUCUGUUUGGUGCCGUGAACGAAAGCUGUAAAAAGAUGAAUAACGUCACCUACUCGUCCGGCGACUCCCGUGGCGACCGUAUCCUCUCCCCUUUCAGGUCCUUCCUGUGCAAGCUUGCUCAGGUCUGCGACGCGGAGAAGGGAGGGGAUACCGUUACUGCCCUUGUCGCCCUGAGGGCGGCCAACGGGCCAGGAUACCUCUUCGCGUCUAACAAUCGCAAGGAGCAGGAGCUCGAGAGCACGCGGAAGUUCCUCAGCGACUUGCUCAACUUUGUCGGCAGACAUCCCGAAAGCCUCACUGAGAAGACAUUGAAGAAGCAAGUACUUGGACGCAUUCUGGAGUUCAACUUCUCCAGGGUCGGCUUUUAUCUCAAGCAGAUUCUUGCUUUCGUUGUUGCACGGUUGAGGCUGAUCGAGGCCAAUGCCACUUUUCCACACGACAUGCCGUCUGAUACGAGCGCGAGGUCGAGGUUUCUCAAAGACUGUGUGAAUCUUCUUAAAACCAUCCAAGGCGCAAUGGCGCCAGGCUCAGGGUUCAGUCUGGCCAUGAACGAGGGUGCCGGUGCCGACGAUCCAGACACCUCGUAUGCUUGGUGCCAGUUCCGCCACCACCUUGGCCGGCUGUACUCGUACCGUCAAGCAGCCGACAGCAUCGUCGAUGCCUGCAAAGAGUGGCCAGAACUCUUCACCGGCUUCACCGUUACGCAUAUCCCCUCCAGCCGCCCUAAACGACUCUUGCUGCCGGGAGAGUCGCUUUCGCUCGAGGGCGUGAUCCUGGCAGCCUUCCCGGACAGAAAUUUUAAGGCGUACACCAGCCAAAUUGAGCAGCUCCGCGACUACGGUCUGGACGAUCAUAUUCGAGAGAAACUGGAGCAGAAGCCGGUGAAGCAAACCGUCCACUGCGAGGUGCACCUUCAGGACUUCCUCGUCCGGGAGAAGGUGGUAAAACCACAUGAAUACUGGGACGAUGACAUGUUCAUUGCCACCAGCAAGCCUCCGUGCCGACUCUGUCAGUACUACUUUGAUAACUUGGAAAACGGCGCCGUAGUUCAGUCAGCCCACAUGAACGUCUAUCCCAAGUGGCGGCUUCCAGACGUGUAUGAGGGGCAGGACAGGAGCGCCGUCCAGCGCCGGGAGGAGUUGCUGAAAGACAUCAUUGAGAAGAUGCAGCAGGACACCAUACGCGUCGUCAAGGAGCAUCAACCCGAGUGGAAGCGCAACGAUUCCCGCACCGAGUCGUGGGUUUGGGGAUCGAGGCAAGGGGAACGCAGUGACACGCGAACCUCUGGUCGUUUUUCCAGCGCAAGCGGGACUCGCGGGCAGGGCAUGGGCGUCGAGGGGCGGGGUUUCCUGUUCCAGAUGCCUGUUGAGGUCGAGGACGAGUACGUUUGCGUCGGAUCCGCCUCCUGA